AACUGGUAGGGCAUAAAGGUAGGAGUUUCUCGGUCAGGUUUUGUUUGAUGGACUAUCACACUUACUUUUUAAAGGCAUUGUAUUACCUGUUUUAGAUAGUUGAGAGCAGCUUCUUUGACCUUAGGGAAAUGUGGGUAGAUGGUGUUUAGGACCACGGAAAAAUAGUGAACGUCAGAAAGUGGUUGACAUCAAGGUCAAUGAGAAAUGAGAGCAUUAGAAGGGCCAGGAACAAACCCUGGAGAUUAUAAAGGUGAUUUUUAGGGGUGCACAGGUGCCAAGAUCUGGAUUGGUUCAGACCAAUAAGGAAGUGGAGUCUGAUUGGACCACCUACCUGGGUGGGAUCUGGCAACUCCCCAACAAGGACCUGAAAGACUAGGCUGGGCCUGCCAUUGUGACGUGGUCCAGCCAGCCUCAGCUUAAGCUCGCGCCCUGGUGGGGAUGGCCCAAAGCACUGGCCCCGCAGGAGCGGGAGCGGGGCCAUGGCUGAGGUGGCUGGGCCCAUUGGUGAAUCCAAAAGCACUGAAGUUAAAACCCAGCCGGCCACGGAAAAAGCCCUCAUGGCGCCGCUGAGGCGGGCCCCGCGCUCGGUGCUCAAAGUGUCCCAGCUUUUGCUCAGAGCCAUCACCGCGCACAAAGGGCUGACUCUUGCCACUCUCAAGAAGGAGCUUGGAAACGCUGGCUACGAAGUGCGCAGGAAGUGCUGUCGCCACUUGGGUGAAGCACCCAGGUCUGAUGUUAAGGGAACGCUUCUCCGGGUCAGUGGCAGCGAUGCCUCUGGCUACUUCAGGAUCUGGAAGGUUCCGAAGCCCAAGAGAAAGCCAGGACGCUCGAGGUUGGCGGAGAGUGUGCGCUCUUCAAGGAGGACCCUUCCUGGGCCGCGGAGCCCACGGAGGCGCUGCACGCAUCGCAGGGCAGCCAAGAAGGCCAGGGAAGUAUGGAGACGAAGCACGAAGGCAAACACAAGGGUGAGGAAGAUAAGGCCAAGAGCCAAGGAGUCGGUGCGUUCCAGAGCCAGGGAGGAAGUGAGGGCCAAGGCGAUGGAUGAGGGGAGAGGACGGGCCAUGAAGGAAGACAUCAGGCCUAGAACGCGAGAGGAGAAGAAGAGGUCAGGCCCGAAGCCCAGGGAAGAGAAACAACAGGACCCGGUGAAGCUGGCAAAACGCACCAUCCAGAAGACAGCCUUGGUUAAAACUGACCAAAAUUCUAGCAGUCAGGGGAAGAGUCAUGACCUAAGGGCUCCUCGCACAAAGACUUCCACUAAAUCUGAAAGUCUUCGGAAUGCAGCGGGGUAUUCCUAGUGUGGGAGCAAUUUCCCUUCCUCCAGGCACAGAUGCCUUUUCCCCCAGGCUCUAAUGAGAGCAGCUCUCACAAACUGAAGUGGACAAAACUAUAUACAAGACCUUUCCACUACAUUGUGUCUGUUUCCUCUUUGCUGCAUCUGGAGGGGAAAGGGUGGGUGUUGAGGGGAGACCUAUAACAGGCAUAUAGGGUGAAGAGACAGAAAGAUGUGGCGAUUCUGUUCCUGCUUCAGGCCCCAGGACAAUGCCUUUCAGAAGGAAAAAAAAAAAAAAAAAAAAAAAACAGGUAGAAGAAAAGCAGCAACUUGGGGAGGGGGCAUUAGAUGUUAAGUGUUGAAUUAAUGUUAGACACCUAAUCAAAUCCAAAUUGAGUUUCGGGG